CGACGGUCUCAGAGUUGGUUGGCGGGAUGCUCCUCCUUGGGGCCAUCAUCGUAGUCCAGGGGCCCUUGCUCUGGACGAUGUUGGAUCCGGCGGCCGCGGCGAAGUGAACCGGGAUGUAAGAUAUGUCGGCGCUCUUGGGAGCGCACAGGUUUUUUUUUUUGGAUCGGCUUUAUUGUUGUUGUAUCUGGCGGUUAUGGAUGUUGUUUGGGUUGUUGGCUAGUGAAGAGCUAUACGGCCAGCGUAGCUUGAGUGCUCGUGUCCUUAGACGGAUGUACUUGAUAGCUCUGCACCGACCACUUCUACCUAUUCAAGUAUCUUAUGAUAUUACGCUAAUUUCAACCUAUUGAACGCCAUUUGCUAUGCUGAGGUGAAAGCCCACUUGCUUUGAUCAAGGACCUGCCCUGUGGCCUCGAUACUCCUGUAGUGUCCUCCCUUCGAAUUUGUAU